AUGGCCCACCCCUCCCAACUUGGAUUUCAGGACGCUGCCUCCCCUAUUAUAGAGGAACUGUUACACCUCCAUGACCAUGCAAUAAUAGUAGUCUUCCUUAUUAGCAUCUUCGUUCUUUACAUUAUUACCCUAAUGAUCACCACUUCACUCACACACACCAGCACCAUAGACGCACAAGCAGUCGAAACAAUCUGAACGAUUUUACCCGCAAUUAUUUUAAUCUUAAUCGCCCUGCCCUCUCUCCGAAUUCUUUACCUAAUAGAUGAAAUUAACGACCCCCACCUCACAAUCAAAACUAUCGGCCAUCAAUGAUACUGAAGCUACGAAUACACAGAUUACGAAGGCUUAAUAUUUGAUGCCUACAUAGUACAAACCCAGGAACUCCCAGAGGGCACACCACGGCUCCUCGAAACAGAUCAUCACAUAGUUGUACCAACAGACUCACCAACACGAAUACUGAUCUCAGCAGAGGACGUCCUACACUCCUGAGCUGUUCCAGCACUUGGAAUUAAAACCGACGCCAUCCCCGGCCGAUUAAACCAAACUACCUUUACAACAUCGCACCCUGGGCUAUUUUAUGGCCAAUGCUCAGAAAUCUGCGGCUCAAACCACAGCUUUAUACCCAUCGUAAUUGAAUCAUCAACAUUAAAUAGUUUUGAAACCUGAUCGAACCUAAUACUUGAGCCCU